AUCCUUCUAUGAGGUGUCGUUGUCAUCAUAUAUGUGGUGUUUGGGGAUUAAUUAAUUAAUAUUUUACAGGCUUACGUAUAAUUUUAUCAGGCACUAUAUAAUGAAGUAAUACUUUUACAUAUACCUACUCAUAUUAGUUUUAUGUGGUUCAGUAUGUGUGGCCUGAAAAACAUUAGUUCAAGUAAAUGAAUUCACAUCAUACCUAAUAUUUAAUUUUGACAGUUUCAUAAUUUCUUAUUGGAAAUGUCGUCUUCUGCGAUAUAUAUUCUAGAUGUGAAAGGAAAGGUCCUCAUUUCGAGAAACUAUAGGGGGGACAUUGACUUGGGUGUAAUAGAAAAAUUUAUGCCGUUGUUGAUGGAGAAAGAGGAAGAGGGUUUACUUACACCUAUUCUACAAACUUCAGACUCUACUUUUGCAUACAUCAAAACUAACAAUCUCUAUAUUGUUAGUACCACUAAGAAAAAUGCAAAUAUUGCCCUAGUAUUUGUUUUUCUACAUAAAAUUGUGCAAGUUAUGACUGAAUACUUCAAAGAAUUGGAAGAAGAGAGUAUCAGAGAUAAUUUUGUAGUUAUAUAUGAACUGCUGGAUGAGCUUAUAGAUUUUGGUUACCCUCAAACCACUGAUAGUAAAAUUCUUCAAGAGUAUAUUACACAAGAAGGUCAUAAACUUGAAAUUCAACCUCGUAUACCAGUUGCUGUAACAAAUGCAGUAUCUUGGAGGUCUGAAGGAAUAAAGUAUAGAAAAAAUGAAGUCUUUUUAGAUGUCAUAGAAUCAGUUAAUUUAUUGGCCAAUGCAAAUGGCAAUGUUUUGCGUAGUGAAAUUGUAGGUGCUAUAAAAAUGAGAGUUUAUUUAUCUGGAAUGCCUGAAUUGCGACUUGGUUUGAACGAUAAAGUAUUAUUUGAAAGUACAGGAAGAGGCAAGUCGAAAUCAGUAGAAUUGGAAGAUGUCAAAUUCCAUCAGUGUGUGAGGCUUUCUAGGUUUGAAAUUGAUAGAACUAUUUCAUUCAUUCCACCUGAUGGAGAAUUUGAGCUUAUGUCUUAUAGGCUUAAUACUCAUGUGAAGCCCUUGAUUUGGAUUGAGUCUGUUAUUGAAAGACACGCCCAUAGUCGAGUAGAAUAUAUGAUCAAAGCAAAAUCGCAAUUUAAAAGGAGAUCUACUGCUAACAAUGUAGAAAUAGUCAUUCCUGUUCCACAUGAUGCUGAUUCCCCAAAAUUCAAAACGACAAUAGGAAGUGUCAAGUAUGCUCCCGAACAGAAUGCAAUAACUUGGACCAUCAAGUCAUUUCCAGGUGGCAAAGAAUUUUUGAUGAGGGCUCAUUUUGGACUACCAAGCGUUGAAUGUGAAGAUACUGAAGGAAAGCCUCCAAUACAAGUUAAAUUUGAGAUACCAUAUUUUACAACUUCUGGAAUCCAGGUGCGGUACCUCAAAAUUAUUGAGAAAAGCGGCUACCAAGCACUUCCAUGGGUUCGUUAUAUAACACAAAAUGGAGAUUAUCAAUUGAGAACUAAUUAAAUACAGUUUAUAUAUGUUAACAAUUUUUAGGCUGUAAUAUAUAUAUUAUCAUUUA